CGAGAAGGUGGUCAUUUUCCACCGUGUCUAUCUCCAUCAUCGGCAAGCGGUGUCUUCUAUCUAUGAUGCAAUGUUGCCAUCCACCCCGUAGGAUCAUAGUUGAAUUAUUUAAGUGUGCACGCCAAGAAAAUCUAUGUCAAUCUUGGAAAAUAAUGGAGAUCAGCAUAGCGAUUGUGUUGAGCUCUCUCUUUGUGUUUCUAAUCUUAUGGUCUCUCACCGAGCUGGCGCGUCAGCUAUGGUGGAAUCCGCUCAGAAUACAGAGGACGAUGGCCCGACAGGGAAUCAAAGGUCCUCCCUAUAGGUUCCUCCAUGGGAGCACGAGGGAAACAAUGAAGAUGAGAAUGGAAGCCAGAAGCACGCCCAUGGACGAUCUCUCUCAUGACAUACUCCCUAAGGUUCAGCCUCACAUCGACUCUUGGAUCAACACAUACGGGAGGAAUUACAUAAAUUGGUACGGGGCGCAAGCUCAAUUGGUCAUCACUGAGCCAGAGCUGAUUAAGGAGGUGCUAAUCAAUAGAGACAAAACGUUUCCGAAAACAGUACCGAGGAGCUUCGCCAAGUAUCUUUUGGGAGAUGGGCUCGUGUCAACCAUAGAUGGGGUAAAGUGGGCAAAGAAGCGUAGACUCGCCAAUCACACUUUCCACGGGGAAAGCCUCAAGAACAUGGUUCCAGCGAUGGUGGAUAGUGCUCACGUGAUGCUAGAGAAAUGGAAGCAACGAGAAGGGGAAGAGAUUGAGGUGUUUGAAGAAUUUAAGUUGCUGACCUCCGAAGUGAUUUCAAGGACAGCUUUUGGGAGUAGCUACGUUGAAGGGAGAAACAUCUUUGAGAUGAUGACAAACUUGGGUUUGUUAGUGUCCAGGAAUGCUUUGCGCAUGAGGUUCCCGGGAAUAAGUAAGAUUUGGAAGACAGUAGAUGAGAUUGAAGCCGAGAAGCUCAAGAAAGGCAUACAUGUUGCAAUCUUGGAGAUCGCCAAGAAAAGAGAGAAGAAGGUGAUGGCUGGGGAAGCAGAUGACUAUGGGAAUGAUUUCCUUGGGCAGCUUGUGAAGGCUUAUCAUGAUAAUGAUGAGAGCAAGAAAAUCACAAUCGACGAUCUAGUGGACGAGUGCAAGACAUUCUAUUUCGCUGGACAAGAAACCACCACCGCAAUGUUGACGUGGGUCAUAUUCCUCCUAGCAGUUCAUUCUGAUUGGCAAGAGGAAGCAAGGAAGGAGGUUAUUGAUGUAUUUGGGAAUGAAGACCCCGACUUCGAUGGAAUCGCAAAGUUAAGGAUGAUCAGCAUGAUCAUGAACGAAGCUCUACGAUUAUACCCUCCUGUGAUAGGGUUCAGUCGAAAAGUCGACCAGCAACUUAGGCUAGGGAAACUUGUACUUCCUCCUAAUACUCAAGUCUUUAUAGCAAAUCUUAAGAUUCACCACGACCCCGAAAUUUGGGGAGAAGAUGUGCACCUCUUCAGACCAGAGCGAUUCUCAGAAGGCGUCUCUAAAGCCACCAACAACAACGCAGUGGUGUUCCUUCCCUUUGGCUUCGGGCCUCGAAUGUGUGUGGGGAUGAACUUUGCGAUGAAUGAGGCGAAAAUUGUCCUUUCGAUGAUUCUGCAGCGCUACACUUUCAUAUUGUCUCCAGGGUACAUCCAUAGUCCAGUACAAAUCCUCACGAUUCGCCCGCAACACGGACUUCAAGUUAUCCUUCAUCCAUUGUAGCUUGUUUAUCAGCAUAUAUGAUCUAGUUAACGUUGGGGUUUCAGGAAAGAACCACGGAAGUUCAUUUGAUCUUAAAGAUGCGUUUCAGGUUAAGUCCAGGUGAAAUAGAGUUGGUUUCAUCCUUUUAAUUUAAUGGAUUAGGCAAGUCGUGUUUUGACAACCUAUAUCGAGUUUCUUAAAAGAAUAAUUGUUUAGCAUGUCAUGUUUGAUUGAGCUAUCUAACCAUGUACUUUAAUGUCGACAAGACAUGAAUAUGAAAGCCAUGGAAAUGUCAAUCAAGAUCUCAAUAGCUAAAAUCAAGAACACAUAUAAUUGAGUAAA